AUGGGCUUUGCCCUGGAGCGCUUCGCCGAAGCGGUGGACCCGGAUUUCAAGUGCAAGCUGUGCGGCCAGGUGCUGGAGGAGCCCCUGUGCACGCCGUGCGGGCACGUCUUCUGCGCCAGCUGCCUCCUGCCCUGGGUGGCGCGGCGGCGCCGGUGCCCGCUGCAGUGCCAGCCCCUGGCGCCGGGCAAGCUGUGCCGGGUGCUGCCUCUGCGCGGCCUCAUCCAGAAGCUGCGCAUCCAGUGCGACUACCGCGCCCGCGGCUGCGGCCGCUCGGUGCGGCUCCACGAGCUGGCGGCGCACGUCGAGCGCUGCGCCUUCCGCCCUGCCCGCUGCCGCCGGCCGGACUGCGUCUCGGAGCCGGGCGGCCGCCGCGGCGUGAACGUCCCCGCGCGGGGGGGCUGCGGAACGGCGCCGGGGCCGGGCCGGGGCGGGGGCGCGCGCGGGGGGCCGCCGGGCGUCCGCGGCGGGAGCGGGCGGGGGCCGCGGCAGCUAGUCCUCGCCUGGAGUCGGCGCGAGAAGGCGCUGCGGGCGCAGCUCUGGGCGCUGCGGGACGAAGCGCAGCUCACUGCCCGCAGGUACCAGGAGAAGUUCUCCCAGUACAUGGCUCACGUCCGCAACUUCGCCAGAGACCUGGGCGGCGGCCACGGCCGGGUUGGAGAACAUAAGCCAUUCACCAUUGUGUUAGAAAGAGAAAAUGACACAUUGGGAUUCAAUAUUAUAGGAGGCCGACCAAAUCAGAAUAAUCAGGAAGAAACAUCAGCAGAAGGAAUUUAUGUUUCAAAAAUUUUGGAAAAUGGACCUGCCGACAGAGCAGAUGGCCUGGAGAUUCAUGACAACAUCAUUGAGGUCAAUGGGAAGGAUCUCUCAAAGGCCACCCAUGAAGAGGCAGUGGAAGCUUUUCGAAAUGCCAAGGAGCCCAUUGUGGUCCAGGUGCUAAGACGAACACCUCUCAGUAAACCAGCCUAUGGAACGGCCCCAGCAGUGCAGCUCAUGGACGCUAGCACUCAGACAGACAUCACCUUUGAGCACAUCAUGGCUCUGGCAAAACUUCGGCCGCCUACCCCUCCAGUGCCAGACAUCUGUCCAUUCCUGCUCUCAGACAGCUGCCAUUCUCUUCAUCCGAUGGAGCAUGAAUUUUAUGAGGACAAUGAGUAUCUUUCCAGCUUGCCUGCUGAUGCAGACAGAGCAGAGGACUUUGAAUAUGAGGAGGUCGAGCUGUGUCGUGUUAGCAGUCAAGAGAAGCUGGGCCUGACAGUCUGUUACCGAACAGAUGAUGAAGAAGACACAGGCAUUUAUGUCAGCGAGGUGGAUCCAAAUAGCAUAGCUGCCAAAGACGGCCGAAUUCGAGAAGGGGAUCGAAUUUUGCAAAUAAAUGGGGAAGAUGUCCAGAAUCGAGAAGAAGCAGUGGCGUUGCUGUCUAGCGAUGAGUGCAAGAGAAUCGUGCUGCUUGUCGCAAGGCCUGAGAUUCAGCUGGAUGAAGGCUGGUUGGAAGAUGAAAGAAAUGAAUUCUUAGAGGAGUUAAACUUAGAGAUGCUGGAAGAACAGCAUAAUGAAGCAAUGCAGGGCACAGCCAACGAGGUGGAGCAGCCAAAAAAACAAGAAGAAGAAGAAGGCACAACAGACACGGCAACAUCGUCCUCCAACAACCAUGAGAAGGACAGCGGGGUAGGGCGCACGGAUGAAAGCUUGCGGAAUGAUGAGAGCUCAGAGCAGGAGAACGCAGCCGAGGAUCCCAACAGCACAUCUUUGAAGAGCACAAGAGAGCUGGGGCAGAGCCAAGACACUCUGGGAAGCGUUGAGCUUCAGUGCAACGAGAGCUUCGUGUCUGGCGAAUACAUUGACUCCGACUGCCUUGGCAACCCGGACGAGGAGUGUGAAAGAUUCCGACAGCUCUUGGAGCUCAAAUGCAAGAUUCGAAACCAUGGAGAGUAUGACCUGUAUUACUCGAGCAGCACAAUAGAAUGCCAUCAAGGGGAACAAGAGGGAGUGGAGCACGAGCUACAGUUGCUUAACGAAGAACUAAGAAACAUUGAACUGGAGUGCCAGAAUAUCAUGCAGGCGCACAGGCUCCAGAAAGCGACAGACCCGUAUGGAGACAUCUGGGCUUUGCACGAUGGAGGAUUCCGGAAUUAUAACACCAGCAUGGAUAUGCCACGGGGGAAACUAGACGACAUCAUCGAACACCCAGAGAAGUCGGACAAGGACAGUUCCAGUGCUUACAACACAGCAGAAAGCUGCAGAAGCACCCCACUCACUGUGGACCGUUCCCCUGACAGCUCCCUUCCCAGAAUGAUCAACCUCACCAAUAAGAAAAACCUGAGAAGCACAAUGGCCGCCAGUCCGUCUUCUUCCGGACAGAGCAGUAAAGAGUCGACCUCCACCAAAGCCAAAACCAUCGAACAAGGCUGCAGCGCGGAGGCCAAGGAGAAGAUUUCCGAAAGCAGCAAGGUUUCCGAGCACGAGAAAACCAGCAGCGAGCACAUCCCUUACCUCUCUCCUUACCACAGCUCCUCCUACAGGUACGCAAACAUCCCAGCACAUGCCCGCCAUUAUCAAAGCUACAUGCAGUUAAUUCAGCAGAAAUCCGCAGUCGAGUAUGCGCAGAGCCAGCUGAGUUUAGUGAGCAUGUGCAAGGAGCCCCAGAAGUGUUCCGAGCCCAAGAUGGAAUGGAAGGUGAAAAUCCGGAGCGACGGGACGCGGUACAUCACCAAGAGACCGGUGCGAGACCGGAUUCUGAGGGAACGUGCCUUAAAGAUCAAGGAGGAGCGCAGUGGCAUGACGACGGAUGAUGACACCAUGAGCGAGCUGAAAAUGGGCCGCUACUGGAGCAAAGAGGAGAGAAAGCAGCACCUGGUUCGCGCCAAAGAGCAGCGUCGGCGCCGGGAGUUCAUGAUGCGGAGCCGCUUGGAGUGUCUUAAGGAGAGCCCCCAGAGUGGCAGCGAGGGCAAGAAGGAGAUCAACAUCAUUGAACUGAGUCACAAAAAGAUGAUGAAAAAGAGAAACAAGAAAAUUUUGGACAACUGGAUGACAAUCCAAGAACUGAUGACCCACGGGGCCAAGUCUCCUGAUGGCACCCGGGUGCAUAAUGCCUUUUUGUCAGUCACCACUGUAUGACCGAAUGAAUGGGAUGCAACUGAUUUUAGGAGGGUGCUACCAGUUUGGGUAGAGUAUGAUUGCCUCGUUCAAUGUGGCAUUUUUAUAUAUAUUUUGUGACUCUUUAUAGUUUAAAUUUUUUGUAAGCAAAAAUACCUGGUAAUUUUUCAUUUGUUUUUCAUAUGCUGGUACCUUCUUUUUGGCUGAGAUCUUUCUUUAACUUGUGAUAUAUUCGUAUUACUCAUUUAUAUAUAUAUAAAAAAACUAACAAAAGGAAAGAAAACAAAAAAAAGCUUGAACAGAAAUACUGAGGAGCCAAUUAAUUUCCUAUUUUAAUGUAUCUAUUGUAAGUUAAGAUCUGGAUUUAUUUCUCUAGUUUACUUAUUUUCUACUUUAAAAACAACUCAAUGCCAAAACAUUUCUAUGCUUGCUUCUUGGCAUAAUACGUAUUAAAAUCAACCCUGUUAAUAAAUCAUGUGCCACAUCUUGUCUUAUACGUAAAAACCACCUCUUUUUAAUAGCCCGUUGUACAUUUAACACAUAAAUGGCCGUUGUCUUUGUCUCAGUGAAGUGUAGGUGGACAGUCUUCCUGUGGUAUGUAGUGACAUUGGUCAUGUAGCUAGAUAAUUGUGGCAAUUGUGAUGAUAAAUAAAUUAUUGAUUAUCCUUAAGAAAAGUUAUCAAGGAGUGUUUUAUUUUCAUUGUCCACUAUGGCUACCAGAUUUCAAAUUAGUUAUAUAUGUAUACUCCUUAGAAGACUCCUAAUUGUGGAUUAUAAAAUGUGUACAUUUUCUAUCACUUUUUUCCAAUAAAACUAUCUUGAAAUACUUACCGUAAGUCAUCGCAUCACAUAUUCUUACCAAGAUUCAACUAGAUAAUAUAUGUAGAGCAUCCAACAGAUGUUAACUAAACACCCCCUGGCCUGCCACCCAUGAAAGGUAAAGCCA